UCGAAAGCCAUGUUUUGAGACAACUGUUUGACUGAUAUAUUGAAAGACAACUAAAACUCAGUUAUUAUUACGGAAUAAAUGUUUGUUACAGUUGUGGUCAUUGACUGACACGUCGGGCCAUUCAUGGACUCCUUGACCUCCAAUUUCGCAACGGCUUUGUCCGCAAAAGACAAUAUCAUUGAAGAAAAGCUCAAAGAGAUCGAUGAGUUGAAGAAAUUGGUGGAACAGCUCAAGAAAGAAAAGGAGUCGGAGUUUAGAGACAAAACUGAACUUCAGAUCAAAUUGGAUGAAAUCGUUACAAAUGCUAAUCAAGACGUCAGUCAAGACAUCAAUCAAACCAAUGAACAGAUUUUCAGUUAUGCUGAAGAAGGACAUGAUUUGGAUGAUUAUGGGAUCAGAAGAUCAAGAAGACGCAAACGAAGACCUAAAAAGUUGAUCGAUGUUUCGGUUGAACCGAAAGUCGUGUCCAUUUCCACUCCGAUUGCCAACAAUGGACAACCGCGCAGAAGAGGUCGACCGAGACUCAAACCUCUGGAAGCAAAAGUGGAAAUCGAAGAAAUAGUGGAAUACGAGAGUAAAGACAUUAUCGCUGAAGAAAUAGUUGAAAGCAGUGUUGAGAUCUCGACAGUCGAUGAAGUCUUAGUCACGGAUUCGGUGUCACCAAUAGUCAGACGCAAGUUUCCGCAUCACUGCGAUUGGCCGGGUUGUGAACGAAGUUUUCGUCGUCCGGCGUUUCUCCGAAAACACAAACGCGUUCAUACGGGAGAAAAACCAUUCAAAUGCCAAUACGACGGCUGUACGUUCGCCAGCGCCGAUAUCUUUUGUUUGCGGACUCAUGAAAUGCGACACACGGGAGAAAAGCCGUAUAAAUGCAAGAUUCCUGGAUGUGGUUGGAGUGGUCGCCAACAAACCAGUUAUGACAGACACCGACGCGUCAUUCACGGCAAUCAACGAAUCUUCCAAUGCGAUUGGCCGGGAUGUGAUCGGCGGUAUCGCGACAAACAUUCGCUCAAUUAUCACCGAAAGUCUCAUACGGGAGAAAAGGAGUUCAUGUGUUCUUUUGUCAAUUGCGGCAAAAGGUUUAUCGGCAGAAGUGAUAUGAAGAAACACGAAAGCACUCACAAUGCCGUCAAACCAUACAAGUGCUCGUGGCCCGGGUGUGGACGCAGUUUUGUCCAGAAACGGUAUCUCGCUCUACACAACCUCAAACACACGGGCGAAAGACCCUAUCCUUGCGAUUGGCCGGGAUGUGAGUGGAGGUCAUUCACACCACACGAACAGGCGAAGCACAAGAAGACACAUACGGGUGAACGUCCGUAUCCUUGCGAAAGAUGUGAACGACGUUUUGCCGAUGAAAGCAACUUAAAGGCCCAUUUGAGGACAGUCCACGAUGGACAGAAGAAUCAUCAGUGCCAUUAUCCCGGAUGUGGCAAAAAAUAUACAGUCAGACGAACACUACUCAUUCAUCAGAUGAAAGCUCACCCCAACAUGUCUACAGUCAUCACUGGUCAUACCCUCACUAUUCCCGUAACGACGAUCGCACCGAUUACCGGUCUUCUCGAAUUAGAUGAUUCGGAAGCGCAAGAGAUUCAAACCAUUAUUGUGACGACUGAUGAAUGAAAAGUCGUUUUAAUUAUGAUUUAUAUAAAUAUAGUUUUUUCAAA